GCGCUUCUCAAUCGCUAGGCAACGUUUCCCUUGACCGUAUUAUUGGUUGCUUUCGCUCUUACAUUCUUUUUAACUUCUCAUUUGUGCUUUUUGCCUGUCUUAGCCAAACAUAGACCUUUUUAAUAUCCAUCACAAAUGGAAGUCGACCAGAUAGCAAACCCAGGGAAGUCAGCAGCCGAAAAUGACAAGAAGCCGAGGUUCGAGGUGAAGAAGUGGAAUGCUGUUGCUCUAUGGGCAUGGGACAUUGCUGUUGACAACUGUGCCAUUUGCAAGAGUCACAUCAUGGAUCUCUGCAUGGAUUGCCAGGCCAAUCAAGGUGCAGAAAGCGAAAACGGGUGUACUGUAGCAUGGGGUAUCUGUAACCACGCUUUCCACUUUCAUUGCAUCUCUAGAUGGCUCAAAACUCGACAAGUAUGCCCCCUCGAUAACCGACAGUGGGAACUUCAGAAGUACGGUCGCUAAUGUUGAUCUAUACUGUUCCAUAUUUGUACUAUUAUGCACCAUGUAUGAUACAUUGAAAGCGCC